GUUUGACAGCUGUUGCUGCAGCACCGGGGGGGGACACGACUCAUCCAGGGAUUCAUGGUGAACAGUAUACCUUUGUAACCAUUGAUCGGUAUAGCGGACUGGUUGGUUCAUAUCCUCUAAAGGCAAAGAAUGCAGAGGGAACUGAGGAAGCACUCAGGAGGUUUUGUGGUAGCCGGAAGGCGGGAAUCGUGUCGGUCGCAAGUGACCGGGCACCCGAGAUCUUGGCUGCUUUGACGAACCUUGGUUUUGCCUCUGAACCUGCAGAGCCUAGGAAUAGUAUCCAUAACCCGUUUGCAGAAUCAUUCAUCAGGACUUUGAAGGGCAUUUCAGCCUCCAUCCUGUUGCAAUCCGGUCUUAGCCAUGAGUUUUGGCCGUUGGCACAUAGGUACAUUGAAUGGGCUUACCCCAUCACCAAAGUAUCCACUGCAGAUCCAGAGAUCACAUGCUAUGAAGCUCAUCAUGGUUAUGCUUACGAAAGUGUCAAGGCACCAUUCGGUUGUUUGGUUUACAUCAAGUCAGUAGACCCAUUACCGUUUGCACCCAAAGGGGAAAGUGCCUUGUUCCUUGGUGGUGAGUUGAUUGCAGGUCAGAAGUUCAAAGGGUUAUAUCAUGUCAUGCCUUUGUCAUCAUUUCGGGAUGGUACCUACCGGGAAAGGAUAGUCAGAACUUUGGCGUUUCCUCCGGGGCAGUGGCAGUUUCCGGUGAAAGGGUCAGGUGAGAAUGUACUAAAAGUUGACAAUCAGCCUGGUUACUUAGGGAACUUCCCCGAAGAACUUGAUGAUGAGGAUUUGGAUGAUGAAGAAAUUGCACGUAGGGAUGCAUUGUUGGAAAAGGAGAUCAAGGAUUUCAUCAUUGAAGCCGAGAAAUCUUCCCAUGAGUAG